AUCGUCAUCUUCUACAAGAUCAACGUUCUCAGAUCAUCCCCAGCUACGAUAAUACUUAAAGAGUAUCAGGUUAUUUCUCACAUUCCCGGACCAAGUUUUCCACAAGGAAGCUUGGGAUGGCCUGUCAUCGGUGAAACCAUCGAGUUCGUCUCUUCUGCUUACUCAGACCAUCCUGAGAGUUUCAUGGACAAGCGACGAGUCAUGUAUGGGAGAGUCUUUAAGUCGCAUAUAUUUGGAACGGCGACGAUCGUAUCGACGGAUGCUGAAGUGAACAGAGCCGUUUUACAGAGCGACUCGACGGCUUUCGUGCCGUUUUACCCGAAAACGGUGAGGGAGCUAAUGGGAAAAUCGUCGAUACUUCUGAUCAACGGGAGUUUACAUAGAAGGUUCCAUGGACUAGUCGGUUCUUUCUUAAAGUCACCACUUCUCAAAGCUCAAAUCGUUAGAGACAUGCACAGGUUUUUGUCUGAAUCCAUGGAUCUAUGGUCCGAGGACCAACCAGUUCUCCUCCAAGACGUCUCCAAGACUGUUGCAUUCAAAGUACUUGCCAAGGCAUUGAUAAGUGUAGAGAAAGGAGAAGAGUUAGAAGAGUUAAAGAAAGAGUUUGAAAAUUUCAUAUCAGGACUCAUGUCAUUACCAAUUAACUUCCCUGGAACCCAACUUCAUAGAUCUCUCCAAGCUAAGAAGAAUAUGGUGAAGCAAGUUGAAAGAAUCAUAGAAGGCAAAAUUAGGAGUGCAAAGAACAAAGAAGAAGAUGGUACUGUGAUUGCUAAGGAUGUUGUGGAUGUGUUGCUUAAGGACUCAAGUGAAUAUUUAACUCACAAUUUGAUUGCUAACAAUAUGAUUGACAUGAUGAUCCCUGGCCACGAUUCUGUCCCCGUCCUCAUCACCCUCGCCGUCAAAUUCCUCUCUGAUUCUCCCGCUGCCCUCAAUCUCCUAACGGAAGAAAACAUGAAGCUGAAAAGUUUGAAGGAAUUGACAGGAGAGCCACUAUAUUGGAAUGACUAUUUGUCGUUACCUUUUACACAAAAGGUCAUUACAGAGACACUGAGAAUGGGAAAUGUUAUAAUUGGAGUGAUGAGAAAGGCGAUGAAAGAUGUUGAAAUAAAAGGAUAUGUGAUACCAAAAGGAUGGUGCUUCUUGGCCUAUCUCAGAUCAGUCCAUCUUGAUAAACUUUACUACGACUCUCCCUACAAAUUUAAUCCCUGGAGAUGGCAAGAAAGGGACAUGAACACGAGUAGUUUCAGUCCUUUUGGAGGUGGUCAGAGAUUGUGCCCUGGUCUCGAUUUGGCUCGUCUUGAAGCUUCAAUCUUUCUUCACCACCUUGUCACUCGCUUCAGAUGGAUAGCAGAAGAAGAUACAAUCAUAAAUUUUCCAACGGUGCAUAUGAAGAACAAAUUACCCAUUUGGAUCAAAAGAAUAUAAAUCAUUUUUCUUAAGUGAAAAAUGGAGAAUCAAUUUUGCAUUAUCAAACUCAAAAAAAGGUUAAAGAAGUCACACGAGUGUUUUGAGAGUGGGAAGUGAAAAAGAUAGUGAGACAGAACAGAUAGGAAAAAAAAGACAACAUGAUGGAGUUGGGAGACA